GCCGCACCUUGGGGCGGGGCGGGGCCGCCUCUGCGGGGCGGGGCGGGGCAGGCACCCUCCUACCCUCCUACCCCCGGGACUCCAACCCGGAACUAGCCUCCGCUCUGGCUCCCUUGGGAAGGCCGCGGCGCCUUGUCGGGAGUGGGAGCCUGGGCUGUGAGUGCGGGCCACGGGAACCAAGUCUCGGGCAGAGGAACACCUUCGUCCUCAGGGGCCUCAGACCAGGUGUGCCCUCGGCGGGAAGUUGCACAUCUGGAAAGUACAGAGGCCCCCACCUCGGGUAGACUAUGGUGCCCCCGCGGAAUGUAGUGAAGAUCGCCGUCCAGAUGCGCGACGCCAUCCCGCAGCUCAUCCAGCUGGACCAGGCAAAACCCCUGGCCGCUGUGCUGAAGGAGGUGUGCGACGCGUGGAGCUUGCCUCACUCUGAGCGCUAUGCCCUACAGUUUGCUGAUGGGCACAGGAGAUACAUCACUGAGAACAACCGCACGGAGAUCAAGAAUGGCAGCAUCCUGUGCCUCAGUACUGCCCCAGACCUUGAGGCUGAGCGGUUGUUGCGUGGGCUGCAGAGCGAGAGUUGUGAAGGGCGCCGGGAAGCCCUUCAGCACCUCGUUCUGCUGGCCCCAGACAUGACCUUCACCCGGGAAGUCAUCAGCCGUGAUGGGCUUCAGAGACUAGGCUCCAUCAUUGAGGAUGGGGACGACCUAGGAGAGGUGCUGGCCCUCGCACUGAGGGCCUUCUUGGAGCUCAUGGAGCAUGGUGUGGUGUCCUGGGAGACGCUCAGCAUCCCCUUUGUUAGGAAGGUGGUGUGCUAUGUGAACAUGAACCUCAUGGAUGCAUCUGUGCAGCCCCUGGCCCUGGGGUUGCUGGAGAGUGUGACCUUGAGCAGCCCUGCCCUGGGCCAGCUGGUCAAGAGUGAGGUGCCACUGGAUAGGCUGCUGGUGCACCUACAGGUGAUGAACCAGCAGCUGCAAACCAAGGCCAUGGCACUGCUGACAGCUUUGCUGCAGGGGGCCAGCGCUGCUGAACGUAAGCACAUGCUUGACUACCUGUGGCAGAGAAACCUUCGCCAGUUCAUCUACAAGGUAGGAAGGACCAGGCCAGGCAGACCCUUCCCCGCUCCUCUCCUCGUGGCCCACACUCACACCCGUGAACUGGCUGUUCUCCAGCACAUCAUCCAUAGCGCAGCGCCCCUGGGCGACGAGAUGGCUCACCACUUGUACGUACUGCAGGCCCUUACGCUGGGGCUGCUGGAGCCACGCAUGCGGACGCCACUGGACCCCUACAGCCAGGAGCAGCGGGAGCAGCUGCAGGCCCUGCGUCAGGCUGCCUUUGAACCGGAGGGGGAGUCCCUGGGCACUGGGCUGAGUGCUGACCGUCGCCGUUCCCUCUGUGCCCGCGAGUUCCGCAAACUGGGCUUCUCUAACAGCAACCCUGCGCAGGACCUGGAGCGCGUGCCCCCUGGCCUGCUGGCCCUGGACAACAUGCUCUACUUCUCCAGACACGCGCCCAGCGCCUACAGCCGGUUUGUGUUGGAGAACAGCAGCCGUGAGGACAAGCACGAGUGUCCCUUUGCCCGGAGCAGCAUCCAGCUGACUGUGCUGCUGUGUGAACUGCUCCAUGUCGGGGAGCCCUGCUCCGAAACUGCCCAGGACUUUUCACCCAUGUUCUUUGGCCAAGACCAGAGCUUCCAUGAGCUCUUCUGUGUGAGCAUCCAGCUGCUGAAUAAGACCUGGAAGGAGAUGCGGGCCACUCAGGAAGACUUUGACAAGGUCACGCAAGUGGUGCGGGAGCAGCUGGCCCGCACGCUGGCCCUGAAGCCCAGCUCCCUGGAGCUCUUCCGAACCAAGGUGAACGCGCUCACCUACGGGGAGGUCCUGCGCCUGCGGCAGACAGAGCGGCUGCAUCAGGAAGGCACACUGGCCCCUCCCAUUCUGGAGCUGCGGGAGAAGCUGAAGCCAGAGCUCAUGGGCCUGAUCCGCCAGCAGCGUUUGCUCCGCCUCUGCGAGGGGACACUCUUCCGCAAGAUCAGCAGCCGACGGCGCCAGGACAAGCUGUGGUUCUGCUGCCUGUCCCCCAACCACAAGGUGCUGCAGUAUGGGGAUGUGGAGGAGGGCGUCGGCCCGCCCACCCCCGAGAGCCUGCCUGAGCAGCUCCCUGUGGCCGACAUCAGGGCACUGCUGACAGGGAAGGACUGCCCCCACGUCCGGGAGAAGGGCUCGGGAAAGCAGAACAAGGACGUCUGUGAGUUGGCUUUCUCAGUCAGCUAUGACCACGGGGAGGAGGAGGCAUACCUCAACUUCGUUGCCCCAUCCAAACGGGAGUUCCACCUGUGGACAGAUGGGCUGAGCGCCCUGCUGGGCAGUCCCAUGGGCAGUGAGCAGACACGGCUGGACCUGGAGCAGCUGCUGACCAUGGAAACCAAGCUGCGGUUGCUGGAGCUGGAAAAUGUGCCCAUCCCUGAGCAGCCACCCCCCGUUCCCCCACCCCCCACCAACUUCAACUUCUGCUACGACUGCAGCAUCGCUGAACCUUGACAGUGAGGUUGGCCAAGGGCCACAGCUGCUGCCACUGUGGUGGCCACAAAGGGUGGAGGGGGGAGAAGCACAGGCACCCUGACCAGCAGAGGCUGCAGCAGAAAUAAAGUCUGCUUGGCUCUUA